CACACACACACAAAAGCCCACUGGACAAAAACAGUCUCCCGGAGCCCGGGCCUGGCUGCGGGUCGUGGCUUUACGCAGCGUCCCCCUGCGCUUCUGUAACUUGUCUUUAAAUGUUGGAGGAGGAUCCGGGGGACAGCAGGACUCGACCCGGCGGCGCAGCGGCGACCGCCUCCGACUAGAGGGAAUAUGUGGCUCUCCUGGCUGACUUGUGCACUUGUGCUGGGAACUUUGUGUGCAGGACGGAGCCGCGGGGAGGCCGACACCAGGGAGUGUUUGUACUACAACGUCAACUUCGAGAUCGAGAAGACCAACCGGAGCGGCGUGGAGCGCUGCGAGGGCGAGAAGGACAAGCGCUCGCACUGCUACGCCUCCUGGAGGAACAACUCGGGCUCCAUCGAGCUGGUGAAGAAGGGCUGCUGGCUGGACGACUUCAACUGCUACGACCGACAGGAGUGUGUGGCGACGGAGGAGAGCCCUCAGGUCUUCUUCUGCUGCUGCGAAGGAAACUUUUGCAACGAGAGGUUCACACACCUGCCGGACGCCGCCGGACCACUGAUUAAAGCCCCGCCCCCCAGCUUUGGCGUGUUAAACGUGAUGAUUUACUGCCUCCUGCCCGUCACCAUGCUGUCCGUGGCUCUGCUCACUGCCGUCUGGAUGUACCGACACCGGAAGCCUCCGUACGGACACGUGGACGUCACCGAGGAUCCGGGUCCUCCUCCUGCCUCCCCCCUGCUAGGUCUCAAGCCUCUGCAGUUGCUGGAGGUGAAGGCCAGGGGGCGCUUCGGCUGCGUCUGGAAGGCCCAGAUAAUGAAUGAAUACGUGGCCGUCAAGAUCUUCCCCAUCCAGAAUAAGGAAUCGUGGCAGAACGAGAGAGACGUGUUCACCACACCAGGUAUGAGGCACGAAAACAUCCUGAGGUACGUCGGCGCAGAGAAGCGAGGGAGUCACCUGGAGGCCGAACUGUGGCUCAUCACCGAAUUCCACGAGAGGGGCUCUCUGUCGGACUUCCUGAAGGGAAACGCGGUCAGCUGGUCCGAGCUGUGUCACGUAGCCGAGUCCAUGGCGUGCGGCCUGGCUUACCUUCACGAAGACGUACCCCGCCAGAAAGGGGAGGGACCCAAACCGGCCAUCGCUCACAGGGAUUUUAAGAGUAAGAACAUCAUGUUGCGUUCAGACCUCACAGCAAUAAUCGGUGACUUUGGUCUGGCCGUUCUCUUCGAGCCGGGGAAACCACCUGGAGAGACACAUGGACAGGUGGGGACCAGGCGUUACAUGGCUCCGGAGGUUUUAGAAGGAGCCAUCAACUUCCAGCGAGACGCCUUCCUUCGAAUCGACAUGUACGCCAUGGGCCUGGUGCUGUGGGAGCUGGUGUCCCGCUGCAAGGCCGCCGACGGUCCGGUGGAUGAGUACAUGCUGCCGUUUGAGGAGGAGGUCGGUCAGCAUCCGUCACUGGAGGACCUGCAGGAAAUUGUCGUCCACAAGAAGAUGAGACCGGCCUUCAAAGACCUCUGGCUCAAACACAGCGGUCUGGCUCAGAUCUGCGAGACGGCGGAGGAGUGCUGGGAUCACGACGCCGAGGCUCGUCUGUCGGCCGGCUGCGUGGAGGAGAGGAUCUCCCAGGUCCGCCGCCUCAACGCCACCAUCGCCCCGCCUACCUCCGACCACCACGCCCUGCUGGUGUCCACGGUCACAUCUGUUCCCAUGGUAACCAAUGUGGACCUGCCGCCCAAAGAGUCCAGUAUAUGAGGAGGAAGUAGAAGUCCAACAAAACAAAACGAAAAAAACAAAAAAAAAAAGAAACUUUUUGGGAGGCCUGUUGUUACCGGUGAUUUUUCCUGACGUUCGGUUCAACUUCCUCUGAAAAUGGCCGAAUGACACUAAAACACACACACAACACAUCAUCUGUUCUCAGUGGAAUUUUACAACCUGCACCAGAAAUACGGCGUGAAAGCAGCUGCUACUUCAUCUCUUUGGAUCGUGUUUUUUAACUUUUUCUUUGGUUCCCUUCGCUCUUCGUCCUUUUGGACAAACUUCGCCACACAUCCUCGUUUCCCCGGAGUUCUCCUCUCUCCUUUUAACCGAGUUUGUGUGUGUAUUUUACGGAAAAGCGGAGGAAACGCGCACACACAGGAAAACCCAACACGGAAACGCAUUCAGGUCCCGACUCAGUGAAUGCUCUUCUAUCUCCAGGUACCUCAGCGAAGACUUUCCUUACUUUUUGCAAAAUUUUUUAUGGUUUUCCUCGUGCAUUCCUCCCUCCGCUGUCGUCUUCUAUUCCUCCGACAGAUCUGGACUUAUCUACCUACCUGGCAACUUCGCCAACCGCCGUCACCUAGCAACCACCUACCAUCAGCCUGCCGUUGGGACGUUUUUUUUACUACGAUGCUGCAAAACCCUUGUAGGAACGCAAUGACUGUUAAACAAACACCGACAGCAAAGGUUUCAAAGUUGAGUUUUUCUACCUUUUCUUGGACUUUCUUUUCUAUUUUUCUCCUGUGACCACACGUUGCUGAUCACACACGACAAACCUUCGGAUCCAACGGGUCGUAUCCAAAAAGACGGGAAACAGGAAGUGAGGUCGGAAGGAAAGACGUGAAAAACAAAAACCAGAAACACUGGACAGUGGUUGUUUUUGUUUCCUUUCUCUCGCUCCCUUUUUUUCUGUUCAACUGUUAUAAUUUGAGGUUGAGGACGGAACUCUGACGGGAUUGGUUGUCAGGAUCCAGGAGGCAGACGUCUUGCAUGCAGAGAUUUGAUUGGCUGUCCGCGGUCAACCGCAGCAUUUUGGUUGGCUCAGAAAUUAAACUUCUCAGGUAACCAGGU